AUGGCUUCCUACCUUCUUACUGGAACUUCGCGGGGCAUUGGCCUCGCUCUAGUCAGUAUUCUUGCUACUAAGCCUGCCUCAGAGGUAUCUACCGUCUUUGCUGCCGCACGCACAGAGACUGAUGCCCUAAAAGAGUUGAUUGCAAAGUUUGCUGGCCGCGUUGAGUUUGUGCCAAUUGACGUUACCUCUGAGGAGAAGGUUAAGAGAGCUGCAGAGCAAGUCGAAAAGUCUCUCGGCGGCAAAGGCUUGGAUGUCCUUAUCAAUGGUGUGGGUAUCAUGAAUUUCACUCCAGAUGGGAUCGAGACAAUGUCUGACCUUAACUCGACAUUCAACUCCAAUGUGACAAGUGCUCACCUUGUCACGAGCGCUUUCCUCCCACUCUUGAAGAAGGGUGCCCUCAAGAAGGUUGCCAACAUUUCCACAACCUUGGGCUCUAUGGGGAUGGCACCAACGUUCAAACCAUUCCCAGUCCCAGCAUAUAAGGUCUCAAAGGCGGCCCUUAACAUGCUCACGGUUCAAUACGCUCAGACUUUCGCGGAUGAAGGCUUCACAUUUGCCGCAAUCUCUCCAGGAUGGGUGCAGACCGAUCUAGGGGGAGCCCAGGCCGACUUGACACCUAGCCAGAGUGCCACCGCCGUGCUGGAUAUUGUGUCGAAUAUUAGCAAAACGGACAAUGGCAAGUUCUUCAACAUCCUGGUGUCUGGGUGGGAGAAAGCUGCUGGACCAAAUCAGUAUGAUGGUGCUCAGGUACCUUGGUAA